CUCAUCACUCAACCCCCUCCCUCACAUGCACCGCCCUCUCUCCCCGCUCUCUCCUCUUUCCACCACCAUCUCGUAUGCGUUUUUAAUCUUUCCCUCUCUUUCUCUCUCUCUCCAUCGGAAACCAAACGCCAAAAACACAAACGCCUAUUCUUGGCUGAAAACUUGAAGCCAAACGCGCCAAAAGAACCCAAUUCCCCUUCUCUUCUGCAUGGAUAACUUUAUUCCCGAUCUGGAUAAGAAUAAUCCCAACCUGUUGCGAUUAAUUCCCAGGUUUCCCCUAUAUUAAAUGUCUGCUUCCUCUCCAGCUCUCGCGAUUUCAUUGGCAACUUGUAAUAAUAAUCCGAAACGUUUGAUUCCGUCGCUCGCAUCUGAUUCUCCGUUGCCACGCCUAUUCCCAAACACCACCGUCACGCGCACCACACGCCUAUUUAAUUCCACCAUGCGCAUCCCCAAGGAAACCGUUUCAUUUUGUCUUUCUCUCUUCUCUCCCACCCCUUUAUCUUCCCUUGUUCGUUUCCGUUCGAGUUUUUUACGGAGAUCUCUACUUCACACAAAAGCUUUUCCUGCUACUACAGGUGCCAGUCAGUUACGUGCUGCUGGUUGUUCAAUGGAUGAGCAUCGCGAAACUAUUUUUGGUGACAAUUUGUGGCUUCACCACGUGGCCUGCAGCGAUGGUGAUAAAAAACCGUGUAUAUGGUCAUCUCCCGAAGGAGGGAAUAACAUUAAUAUUGGAAAACAGAUCUUCUGCAACAGAUCAUUGAACAUGAAGAACAUUGUUGCUGUUGGCUUUGAUAUGGACUACACCUUGGCACAAUACAAGCCUGAGACAUUUGAAUCCCUCGCAUACGACGGCACAAUCAGGAAAUUGGUAUAUGAUCUGGGAUAUCCACAAGAGUUGCUGGAAUGGACAUUUGAUUGGAAAUAUAUGGUACGAGGCUUGGUUCUAGAUAAAAAGAGGGGCAACAUUUUAAAGAUGGAUCGUCAUAAAUAUGUGAAGGUAGCUUACCAUGGAUUUAGAGAGCUGUCAAAAGAAGACAAAGUCGGCACCUAUGGAAAUACUCUCAUACGAGACUCUUUUGAUGAGCCCGAUUAUGCUCUCAUUGAUACCCUCUUUUCGCUAGCUGAGGCCUAUUUAUUUGCCCAGCUUGUUGAUUUUAAGGACAACAAUCCAGGAAAAGUUCCAGAGGGUGCUGAUUAUGCUCAUAUGUACAAAGAUGUCCGAGCAGCUGUUGACUUGUGUCAUCGGGACGGAACUCUAAAGAAAAUGGUGGCAAAGGAUCCUAAAAAGUAUAUUAAUGACGAUACCGCAAUAGUGCCCAUGCUCAAAAUGCUUAGAGACUCUGGUCGUUCAACAUUCUUGGUGACAAACAGUUUAUGGGACUACACAAAUAUUGUGAUGAAUUUCCUCUGUCGGACUCGUACAAUAGAUGGCAAUAACACAUGCAAUUUUGAUUGGCUUCAGUAUUUUGAUGUUGUCAUAACUGGCAGUGCAAAACCAGGAUUCUUCCAUGAUGACAGUCGUGCUAAUCUUUUUGAGGUAGACCUUGAGUCAGGAAUGCUACAAAAUACUGAUGAUGGCACUCCUAUGCCUCAGGUUGGGGAAAUUUCACUGAGAUUAUUACCAGAGGGGCAACCCAACGGUUGUCGAGUCUUUCAGGGAGGCAAUGUUGGACAUCUGCAUAAAUUGCUUUCAAUUGAGUCAAGUUCACAGGUUCUUUAUGUUGGAGAUCAUAUCUAUGGAGAUAUUUUGCGCAGCAAAAAAGUUCUUGGUUGGAGGACAAUGCUUGUUGUUCCAGAGCUUGAAAGGGAGGUUGAACUUCUGUGGGAAUUGAAGGAUAUGCGUAAGCAACUUCGAUUAUUGAGGAAUGAACGUGAUCACAUUGAAGAUCGGAUUCAUCAUUUGAAGUGGUCUCUCAAGUUUGAAGAUCUUAAUGAAGACAAUAAGCAGCAAAUAUCUGCAACACUCGGGGAAUUGGAGGAUCAAAGAGAUGAAAAACGACUAAGUCAUCAACAAGCUCAACGGGAAUGUCAUCAAAUGUUCCACAAGGUCUGGGGACAACUAAUGAAGACUGGUUAUCAGAAUUCACGGUUUGCUCAUCAGGUUGAGAGAUUUGCUUGCCUCUACACUAGCCAGGUCUCCAACUUGAGCUUAUAUUCGCCAGACAAAUACUACAGGCCCAGCGAAGACUUUAUGCCCCAUGAAUUUCAUAUUCUUCCCUUGUAAAUCAAGAAAAUGUUAAUCUCUUGUUUUUUUGUUAAAAAGAAAACUUUUCUGUAUGGAGGCAGUAAAUUUGUAGAAUGAAAUCUCAGUUCGAUGCAUGGCUCUGCACUUGUAAUGAAUAAUAUGUUGGACCCU